UUUGUUUUUUACCAUAGCAUUAUAGUUUUAUAAUUGGCAACACUUUUCAUCAAAAGUGUCAGCUGUCGUUUCACUUGGUUGUCAAGUUACAUGCGCUUAACAGUUUGUUGCGUUCAAAAGUAAAUAUUUUGUUUAUGAUUUGAAGAAAGAUAACAAAGAAAUCUGCAAGAAAUUAUUAGUUUAAAUGCUGCAAAGAAAUAUUAGAUUACUUUUUCUGCUCAUAAAAGUACUACUUGUAUAUACACGUGAAUUUGAUGAUCAAGUUCAAUAUCAAAUUUCUUGGAAAGAACCUUUUAAGCAAAAGUUAAAUCCUGAUGACCAAAAUGUUUUUAUUCAAACAAAUGACAAUGAACAAUACCAAUGCAUAGUUCCGGAUGCAAAAGAUGAAUAUCAAGAUGAUGCUUACAUUGAAGGUUAUCAAUCUCCAGAGGCCUUAUUUCAAAAUCUUUUUUUUAGUUCAACUGCUAUUUGUUCUCUAAAGCUAGAACCUUAUUGGACAUAUCAAUUAUGUCAUGGUUAUUCAAUAACACAAUAUCAUGAGGAGAGUUACACUGAUGAAGGAAUCACCAAGCUUCAUCGUGUUAGUGAAUUUAAUCUUGGUGUCUUCAGUCCAGAGGAACGUCUAGAGUUUAAGAAGAAAGCAAGUUUACCAGUUUUGGAAAAAGAAAAAAUGGUGCCUAAACAAAAAUUUAAUGAUCAAGAAGCACCAUACUUUUUAAUAGAAAUGUCUCAUGGAGAUCCUUGUGAUUUAACUGGUGAACCAAGACGAACAUCAGUUUUUUACAUAUGCCAUCAAAGUGCAGAUAACGAAUUGCUGAGUAUUAAAGAAGUAACUACAUGUCAUUAUGAAGUAAUUGUACUCACUUCAGUUCUUUGUUUAAAUCCAAAUUACAAAAUUAAAACAAAGACUGUACAUGAAAUAAAAUGUCAUGCACUUGGCGAUUCACCAAGUAAACCAAUGAAACUCACAAGUGAAUACAAACAACUCUUUCCUUCAGUAGCUCCCAUUGUAACUGAACAACCCUUGCAUCGUGCUAAAGCUAAACCAAAUAUAGACCUUGAUAUAAAUAGACGAUUUUUAAAUGGAGAAUUCUGUUUAACUGGGGGAACUGGUUGGUGGCAAUAUGAAUUUUGUAAUGGAAAAUUUGUUAACCAAUUUCAUGUGGAAGCAAACAGGAGAACUGCAACAAUAAGACUAGGUUCAUGGAAUAAAGAAGAGCAUAUCAAAUGGUUCAAAUCAAAGAAGAACGUAUCAAAAGAACGAAAGCAUGUAGUACACCUUUACACUGGUGGAGAUUUCUGUGAUCUGAUUGGAGAACCAAGAAAAGCAUUUGUAUACUUAAUGUGUCGUCCAGGUAAUGGUCAGGAGUUAAUUAUAUCAAUGUUAGAAGAAAAGAGUUGUCAAUACAAAGUUACGGUUGAGUCGCCAAUCCUCUGUCAGUUUAUUGAAAAUGUUGACAAAUUUGGAUUAUUUACCAGCAUAAAAUAGUCAUCCAACUCGAGAAAGUAGAAAAGCCUUUUUUUUUUUUUUAUUCACUUGUAUUUAAAAAGUAAAUACCUGUUUAUAUGUUUGCUUUUUAAGAAAAAUAUUUUUUUAUUAAGUUUUUGCAAUGUAAAUUUUUUUAUUUUUUUUUUUUUUAUAUAUAUACUAAUUUUUGUUUUAAUUUUAUGGUUUAUAUAUUUUAUGGUUUAUAUGUUUUACGGGUAAUAUGUUUUACGGUUUAUAUUGUUUUACGGUUUGUACACUUUGUCAAUUUUCAAGUGGCAAUGUUAAAUAAAGAAUUUUCUUUUUAGGGGGGAGAAAAGGUACUUUUUUUCACACGAUAGUUUUAUUGCAUUAAAAAUCAUUGCGUGUGCUAUUUUUCAAAGAUUAUUUAUAUGAAAAAUUAUUUAUAUAGAUUAAUUAACAGUUAGAAUAUUGCAUAUAAUGCAUGUGUUUU